UUUUUUUUUUGAAUGUUUACUGUUUCAGCGCCAUGCCGCAAUACUCAUCCCACAUGGAACGCACUCUCAAUCCCACAUAACGUCUCUACCUGUCAUGCAGGACAUGGGAUCUGACACUCCACUGACAGACUUGUGUACCAUCUGCCAUGCAAAUCCCAUCAAAUACACAUGCCCACGAUGCCAUGUACAUACAUGCUCGCUCCCCUGUGUCAAGCGUCACAAGUCAUGGGCUCAAUGUUCAGGAGUGAGGAACCCUGCAGCCUACCGACCCAGAUCUGAACUGGCAACUGCGUCUUCGGUUGAUCAAGACUUCAACUUUAUAUCUUCGGUUGAAAGAUCCCUGUCCAAAGCCGACGAGUUGGUGUCAGACAAGGGCAUCACUCUAGCCCCCAGCGGCAUCAAACGUCACGACAUCAAGCGGAAAUUAGAUAUCGAAUUGGAACAGCGCCAAAUCACCGUCAUCAAGGCUCCGCAAGGCUUGUCGAGAUCUAAACAGAACAAAACACAUUGGUCCGGUGCACAGAAUGCCAUCAUGUGGACGACAGAAUGGUUAUGUCAUAACGGUCUCAACCUAUCAGCGAAUGCCCUAGAAUCAAAGACAGUGCGCGAAGUCUUUGUCAUGACCUCGGGUCGAAAACUCGCUCAAGGGAAGCGAAAGAGAAGCGAUGCUGGUAAAAGAGAAUUAAAUCAUGAAACAAACCUGGUUUCAAUUACUCAACACCUCGUCAAAGGAGACAAUUCAACUCCAACCCUCCCACAAAACGUCGAUCAAACACCGCCAUCACCAGAAAUUCCCAACGUAAUCGAGUCACACAACGCUCCAGACGAGGAAGCAAAAAGUGAAACGACCAUGGAACCAGUUCUUGAAAAGCCGAAACCAACCUCGUUACGACUUGCCGAACCUCCCAUCCUCGACCCCGGCCUACAUUUUUAUCUACAUAACCCACAAACCGCUGCAAAGUACAAAUGUUUGAUACCCAUAUCAGCUGACAUGACGCUGCGGGAGGUGUUGGAGGGUAGGACAAUUGUCGAAUUUCCCAGCUUUUAUGUCCGGACCGAGUCGCCGGAGACCUUGCCGGCACCUCUGAUCGUGCAAGAGAAGUACGAUGAAAUUCACCGUGCCCAACUCCCCAUCGAUGUCCUACCUACUUAUGCCCCACAUGAUACCACGACAGAGGUGGACGAGGGGAUUCGUCCAUCGCUGGCUGAGGUUGAUGAAAAGAAGGUUCUGGAAGUGCUCCAAAAGGACCUGACGGGUUGAGAGCUUGACUUGUGAGCGUUAGGUGUUGGGUGUUCCUACAUGAAUCGAGUUUACUUCAAUGAUGAUGACGACAAUAUUCC